AUGAAUUCACUGUAUGAUUUAGAUCCUAAAUGGCGUAAACUUCUUUCAACCAACAAUUUCCUGGGUGGUUUAACUGUUAAUGAGUUCGUGGAAGAGUUGAGUAAAGACCAUUCACUAAGAAGUGGUGAUCCAAAUUCAAGCGGUACCUUUGAAAAACUGAAUCCUAAGCCCUAUAUUCGUACCUUUGAAUCUAUUCUUAAGGAAUUGCAUUCCCUUAGUGAACAAUCUUCUGGUAGAAAGGCCCAAUUAGUAGAGCAAGUAUCAGCCCAGGAAUUACAACAUGCAGAAAAUGUUAUACAACUUUCCCAGGAACUUAAAAAGACCAUGCAAAACUAUGAAAGAUUAGAUAAUCAAUUGACCAAUGUGACACAAGUGGUUUCACCAUUAGGUGAAAAAUUAGAAGUUGCCAUUAGAAGAAAAAAGGCGUACAUUAAAUCGGUUGAAUUAAUUUCCCACUACAAUGCCUUUUAUGCAACUGGUGCAUCAAAUUUCUUGGAGGACUUGAGAACUUCUCCCAAUUUUCAAAAGAAGAGACAAGCAGCUUUACUAGUUAAAAACCUUUUAUCUUUAGCUCGUAAAGUGGAUACUAGUUCGAUCCCAAGAACUACAGAAACUGCAUCCACAAUUGAGAAAUAUUCAGAACUUUUGGAAACGGAUCUUUUGGAGGCCUUUAACAAUGCUUAUCGUGUGAACAAUUUCAGCCAAUUAAACGAAAUUGCACUCAUUUUAAACCAUUUUAACGGCGGUAUCAAUGUGAUUCAAAGUUUCAUUAAUCAACAUGAAUACUUCAUUGAUACGGCUCAGAUUGAUUUAGAUGUUCACAACCAGAUUUUGUUAGAGGAGGAAUUUAAGGAAAAAUUGAUUGCCCCUGAUAGACAUGGUGUCAUUUAUGAAAAGAACAUGGUUGCACAUUUAAGUGAUAUUGAGACUGUUAUUAAAAAUGAAUCUAAAGUGGUGAAACGUGUGUUUGAGGAAAGAUCACUUCUUGUAAUGCAAAAAUUCAUGCAAAGAAUCUUUGCUCAAAAGAUUGAAGGUAGGGUUGAUUUUCUUUUGUCCAUUGCAGGCUCUCUUUCCAGUCUGGCAUACGUGAGAAUGUUACACGCUCUAUACUCCUUAUUGGGACAAUUCGUUAAGGAUCUGUCAGAAUUCUUCCAAAUUCAAGAGAUCGAUAGAGAUGGUGUAUUAUCUACUACUGUGGAACAAUGUUAUUCAGAACUAUUUUCCAAAUACUUAUACGAUAAAUCCAGAUAUUUUGAUAUUGAAAAGCGCAGUUUAGAAUCGAUUCUCAUCGAAAAGACCACAAAUUUCAAUUUCUUACACGAUAAAGAUAUACGCUCAAGACCAUUAGCGAGUAAAUUGAACAACAAUUUGGAAAAUGGAUUUGUUCUACAGGAAUUUGGUUCCUCUUCUAAGAAUAGAUUUUUACAGCUCAACAAUUUCUUCAAAAGUAGUGUGGAUAAACAACGUUUAACGUUUGGUCGUCACAACUCUCUAAAAUAUUCAUCAACUCCACCUUCUAGUGAUGCCUCUAACCCAGAAUUAGACGCCGCAACUGGUGAAGCCGAAGGUUUCAGUCUGCAGGAGGCAGACGAAAUGUUAAAGUGUGUGGUAGAAUCGAUCGCCAGAAUAAUGGAACUGGUUCCUAGCAAAUCUGGUGCUUACAUCUACGAAAUUUUAGAAGUUAUGCUUACAGGUAUUGUUGGUUCUUAUGUGGAGACAGCUCUGGAAUUAUCUUAUUCAAGAGCUACAAGAAUUGACGUCAAUAAUUCUUCUGAAAUCGGUUUGUCUUUCAUGAGAUACAUCUCAAUGAGUACGGAAAUAUUAAGUUUAACAUCAGCUUCAGUGAAAGCAGUGUUUUUACCACUGCUAAACAAUGUACCCUCCAUCAAAAAACAAAUAAUUGAUAUUACAAACACUCAGAUAAGAAGAUGUGAACUACUCAUUAAUAUUAUUCUAGAGGAGGUUACAAGGAUAUUUUUGAAUAAAUUUAACAAUUCACUUUCUAAACAAAAGAAGAGAGAUUUUUCACCCAAAUCGCAAGAUUUAUUAGACCAAGACACUUUGCCAGCAAUUGAAAUUGUAACAGUUCUAAAUUCUCUCCAUAUACAGGCUGCCUUAUAUUUGAAAGCUAAAAAUUUGGAACUAUUUUUAAACAAAAUUGGUGAGGGUCUUUACGAAUUAUUGUUAAAUCAUUAUGGGAAAUUCCAAGUCAAUUCCAUAGGAGGUAUUAUUGUUACAAAGGACAUUAUUGGUUAUCAAACUGCUAUAGAAGACUGGGGAAUUUCAUCAUUGUAUGAAAAAUUUGCCGCCCUUAGAGAACUUGCCAAUCUAUUUACUGUACAGCCCGAUCUACUGGAUUCAUUGACUAAAGAGGGCCAUUUGGCAGAUGUGAACAGAGACAUUAUUUCUAACUACAUUUCUCGAAGGGAAGAUUUCAAUCACGAAAAAUUCAUGGGCAGUGUAAGGCUAAAUCUAAGGCAAUACACAUGA